UUCCUUUUCUGUUCACACCACCUUACUAUAAAUCUUUUUCUUCCCAUCUUUUUUUUUCUUUUUCCAUUUCUCGAUCUUUAAUCAUCUUUUCACUUCAAUCCAUCUUAAUCUUUAAUAAAAUCUGCGUUCUUUUAAUGGAAGGAGGCCACCACCACCACCACCAUCAUCAUCAGCAGCAUCAGCAGCAGCAUCAACAGCAUCAAAUCAGUACUACUGUUAGUGUUGAUUCUGAUAGAUUUCCGCAAUGGAGUAUUCAAGAAACCAAAGAGUUUUUAAUGAUCCGAGCAGAGUUAGAUCGCACGUUCAUGGAGACUAAGAGAAAUAAGCUUCUUUGGGAGGUUAUUUCUAAUAAAAUGAAGGAAAAAGGGUUUCAUCGGAGCUCUGAACAGUGCAAGUGCAAAUGGAAAAACCUAGUUACUCGCUACAAGGGAUGCGAAACAAUGGAGCCUGAAUCGUUACGCCAGCAGUUUCCAUUUUACAACGAGUUACAAGCGAUUUUCGCAGCGAGGAUGCAGAGAAUGCUGUGGGCGGAGGCGGAAGGAGCAGCAGGGGGAGGUUCGAAGACGAAAGCUGGGGUGCAGCUUUCGUCGGAGGAGGAGGACGAGAACGAGGAGAGCGAAGGGGAAAAGAGCAGCGUUAGAAAGCGGAAAAAGGGUAAGAUGAAUGCGAAUAGUAGCGGAAAUAGUAAUAGUAAUAACUUGAAGGAGAUAUUGGAGGAGUUUAUGAAGCAGCAGAUACAGAUGGAAAUGCAAUGGAGAGAGGCGUUCGAGAUGAGGGAAAACGAGAGGAAGAUGAGGGAAAUGGAGUGGAGACAGAAAAUGGAAGCUUUAGAGAAUGAGAGGAUAAUGAUGGAUAGAAGAUGGAGAGAACGCGAAGAACAAAGAAGAAUUAGAGAAGAAGCUAGGGCUGAGAAACGAGAUUUACUUAUUACAGCUCUUCUUAAUAAGCUCACUAGACAAGACAUGUAAUCAAGGUUUGUCCUAAAACUCUCAUUUUGGAGAUGUUAAUGAUGUUCUUUAAUUAAAUUUAUAGUUAGGAAAGCUUCAAAUAGUCUACUAAUUAGAAUCUUUAGUUUGUAUCAUCUUAAUCAUGAAGUUAAUUAAUUAAUUCAUAAGCACUUAA